UGUCAGUUGCAGGAACCUUCCCUCUACACCAUCAAGGCUGUUUUCAUCCUAGAUAAUGAUGGGCGCCGGCUGCUGGCCAAGUAUUAUGAUGACAUGUUCCCGUCCGUGAAGGAACAGAUGGUUUUCGAGAAAAAUGUCUUCAAUAAGACCAGCCGGACUGAGAGUGAGAUUGCAUUUUUCGGGGGCAUGACUAUCGUCUACAAGAGCAGCAUUGACCUCUUCCUGUACGUGGUGGGCUCAGCCCACGAGAAUGAGCUGAUGCUCAUGUCUGUUCUCACCUGCCUGUUUGAGUCUCUGAACCACAUACUGAGGAAGAACGUGGAGAAACGCUGGCUGCUGGAAAACAUGGACGGAGCCUUUUUGGUGCUGGAUGAGAUUGUGGAUGGCGGCGUCAUUCUGGAGAGUGACCCGCAGCAAGUGAUCCAGAAGGUGAAUUUCAGGGCAGAUGACGGCGGCUUGAGUGAACAGAGUGUGGCCCAGGUUCUUCAGUCGGCCAAGGAGCAAAUUAAAUGGUCGUUAUUGAAAUGAAGGCUGUGGAUUCAAGGCUGCCCGCUCCCCUCCCCCACCGUUUCCCUAAUCCUGGCAAAAGCCCAAAGACCCCAGGGAUCAGUAGAGACCCCUUGGCAUCCCCAGGCUCCUCCCAGAACUGAUUCCUGAGGUCAGCAACUCCGAGAUGCAAAGGUUGGGCCCCAGCACUGAGUCACCCCUUUUCACCGCCCUGGCCUUAAUUCCGAUCUUAGGCAUUCCUGGCCCCGGGGCCCUAAUAAACCUGCUUCUGUCUCCUGCC